UUAAUAUUUUUCGUACUGUCGUUGUUCAUCGAUACGAUACCAUUCCAAGUGGACAGAAAAAUUUUCAACAGCAAUUUAAUCUCCAAAAUUAUGGCAUCUUUACUUCAAGCUGUUACACUUCGUAAUAUUUCUACAUCAUUGAGAGCUUCUGCAGCCGGACCUUCAGCCGUAGCUGGUGAUCAUGCUGGUGGUUACAAACUCUGGAAAAGAUUAAGUUUCUUUGUUGCCCUUCCAUCUGUAGGAUUAUGCAUGUUGAAUACAUAUUUGGAACAUCAAAAGGAACAUGGUCACCCAAGACCAGAAUUUAAAAAAUAUGAUCAUUUACGUAUUCGUACCAAACGUUUCCCAUGGGGCGAAGGACAAAAAUCCUUUUUCCAUAAUCCACAUGUUAAUGCUCUACCAGAUGGCUAUGAACAUUAAGAAAUCUUUUAAAUUUGAAUUUGUAAUUAUUAAGCCAAUAAGAAAUGUGUAGAAAACAAAUGAUUUAAAAAUUAAUUAAAUAAAAUCUUUAAAACUAUUAAAAUACUUAUA